GCUAUUCAAUGAUCCCUGCGAUAUUUCUGAGAUUUCAACAGUAGAUCUUCGAUAUACGCUUUGGAAAAUUUCUAGUGAAUCUGUAAUUCCGUCGAAGGUACAGCCAUGAGUGAGGAGAAGAAGGAUUUCGCCGGUCACCAACAUGAGCAGUCACCGCCUCAGUACGGAACGUUCCAGGGUGUGAUGAACUAUCCUAAUCCGACAGUGGUUGGAUUGCCUCACCCGGUUCCGCCGCCAGGUAUGCCUGGAGGAACACCUCUACCACCGUCGGAGCAUUAUGCUCGUGGCUAUCAAGCUGUCCCAGGUUAUGUUGUUGCAGAAGGAAGGCCUGUAAGGGGGCACCGUCUACCUUGCUGUGGUAUUGGCAUUGGCUGGUUCUUGUUUAUUAUCGGUUUCUUCCUCGCUGGAGUCCCAUGGUAUGUUGGGGUGCUGCUUCUACUUUGUUCAAGAAUGGAUUCUCGUGAAAAGCCUGGAUAUACAGCUUGUGCAAUUGCUGCUGUUCUGGAGGCAAUUGCACUUAUUUUUGGGCUUACUCGGAUCGAUUGAAGCCUUCCUUCGCCAUCAUUGAUUUACAGUUACAUGAUCGAUGGAUCGAUCAGUUGGUAAGUGCUGUGCAAAGCUAUCUUAAAUGUCAGGUUGGUGUAUUUCUAAAUAAAUGAGAUAUAAUACUUAUUUCUUUGUUAUUGUGCUUGUGUAGCAAUUUGGUAUCUCUAUGUAUCGAAGGCAGGUUGUGUGGUGUUACAUGUAAAUAGUGUUUCAUUUCUACGAAAUAUGGAGUUGGAAAUUUUAAUUGUGGGAUAGUUGUGGCUUGUGUUCAUAUAUGUUUUUAUGGAUUUUGGAAUUUA